CCAUCAACACACAUCCUUUGCCUGCUAAGGGGAAAUUUGCACUAGAGCACUCUGCACAGAAGCAGGAAACAUCCUUGUGCUUUGACUGUCUUGGCCUCGUUUGAUAACUGAGAGAAGAAGCAUACAUGUAAAUCACUGUAUGUGCGGCCAGUAAAAUCAUAUUUUUCUACUUUAGUUUUACUUUUCAUUCUUUCUAUUGACAGUGUAACAGAAACUGCCCUAUUCCUCUCACCGACGUUAAGGGGAGGAAUUUUUCCAAACGUGCGAAGGGGGAAUUCAUUGCUACGCCGUCAGAAGGACCGAGUAAGUGGACGGAGGACAGAGAGAGACAGAGAGCGAGGGAUCGAGAAAGAGAGAAGGAAAGAGAGAGAGAGAGCGACCAUGAUGGAGCUGAGGAUCCAGUUGGUCCCUACAGGUGAGAUCAUCUUGUCCCCUGGGAAGAAUGGAGAGAGCUUCUGCCACAGCUGCACCAAGGCUGUGGGGAGUGACGGGGUGCGGAUCACCAUGGAGAGUGCCCUGACGGCCAGGGACCGGGUGGGUGUACAGGACUUUGUCCUGCUGGAGAACCACACCAGCGAGGCGGCCUUCAUCGAGAACCUCCGCAAGCGCUUCAAGGAGAACCUCAUCUAUACGUACAUCGGCUCAGUCCUGGUGUCGGUGAACCCCUACAAGGAUCUGGAGAUCUACACCAAGAACCACAUGGAGCGUUACCGAGGCGUCAACUUCUACGAGGUCUCUCCCCACAUCUACGCAGUGUCUGACAACUCCUACCGGUCCAUGCGGACGGAGCGUAAGGACCAGUGCAUCCUCAUCUCGGGGGAGAGCGGUGCCGGCAAGACGGAGGCCUCAAAGAAGAUCCUGCAGUACUACGCCGUGACCUGUCCCGCCAGCAACCAGGUGGAGACGGUCAAGGACCGCCUGCUGCAGUCCAACCCUGUCCUAGAGGCUUUUGGAAACGCCAAAACGUUGCGCAACGACAACUCCAGCCGCUUCGGCAAAUACAUGGACAUCCAGUUUGACUUCAAGGGUGCACCGGUGGGGGGCCACAUCCUCAACUACCUGCUGGAGAAGUCACGGGUGGUGCACCAAAACCACGGCGAGAGGAACUUCCACAUCUUCUACCAGCUGAUUGAGGGGGGUGAAGAGGAUCUGCUGCGGCGCCUGGGCCUGGAGAGGAACCCCCAACAGUACCAGUACCUCGUCAAGGGGAACUGUCCCAAGGUGAGCUCCAUCAACGACCGCAGUGACUGGAAGGUGGUGAGGAAGGCUCUGUCUGUCAUCGGCUUCAACGAGGACGAGGUGGAGGAGCUGUUAAACAUUAUUGCCAGUGUUCUUCACUUGGGCAACAUUCAGUAUGGAGGAGAGGACAGCGGCAAUGCCUACAUCACUACAGACACACAGAUCAAAUACCUGGCGAGGUUACUGGGUGUGGAUGGCUUGGUCCUGAAAGAGGCGCUAACGCACAAAACGAUCAUCGCCAAAGGGGAAGAGCUGAAGAGCCCUCUGAACCUGGAGCAGGCGGCGUCGGCCCGGGACGCCCUGUCUAAGGCCGUGUACGGCCGCACCUUCACCUGGCUCGUCAACAAGAUCAACGUCUCCCUGGCUUACAAGGAUGAGACUUAUAAGAACGCUUCAGUCAUUGGCCUCCUGGAUAUCUAUGGUUUUGAAGUCUUCCAGCACAACAGUUUUGAGCAGUUCUGCAUUAACUACUGUAACGAGAAGCUGCAGCAGCUCUUCAUCGAGCUCACCCUCAAGUCCGAGCAGGAUGAGUACGAAGCAGAGGGAAUCACGUGGGAGCCUGUGCAGUACUUCAACAACAAGAUCAUCUGUGAUCUUGUGGAGGAGAAGUUCAAAGGCAUCAUCUCCAUUCUGGAUGAGGAGUGCCUGAGGCCAGGGGACGCCAGUGACCUCACCUUCCUGGAGAAGUUGGAGAAUACUGUGGGAGGCCACGCCCACUUGACAACUCACAAGCUGGCCGACGGAAAGACCCGGAAGGUGAUGGGCCGAGAGGAGUUCAGACUGCUGCACUACGCUGGAGAGGUCAACUACAAUGUCAACGGCUUCCUGGACAAGAACAAUGACCUCCUCUUCAGGAACUUGAAAGAGGUCAUGUGUAUGUCUGAUAAUAAGAUUCUGACCCAGUGCUUUGACCGGGCGGAGCUGAAGGACAGCAAGAGACCUGAGACGGCAGCGACCCAGUUCAAGACCAGCCUGGCGAAGUUAAUGGAGAUCCUGAUGUCCAAGGAGCCGUCGUACGUGCGCUGCAUCAAGCCCAACGAUGCCAAGCAAGCAGGACGGUUCGACGAGGUUCUCAUCAGGCAUCAGGUGAAGUACCUGGGUCUGAUGGAGAACCUGCGCGUGAGGAGAGCUGGCUUUGCCUACCGCCGCCACUAUGAGACCUUCCUCCAGAGGUAUAAGUCCCUGUGCCCGGAGACCUGGCCUAGCUGGCAGGGCAAGCUGGCAGACGGAGUCUCRACACUGGUCAAACACCUGGGUUACAAACCUGAGGAGUACAAYCUGGGCAGAUCCAAAAUCUUCAUCCGUUUUCCAAAGACCCUGUUCGCCACAGAGGACGCGCUGGAAACGAGGAAACACAGCCUUGCCAGCAAACUGCAGUCAUCCUGGAAGGGAUACAGCCAGAAGACCAAAUACCGCAAACUCAGAUCAUCAGCGGUGGUGGUCCAGGCGUGGUGGAGGGGCAUCCUGGCCUGUAGGAGGGCACAGCGCAAGAGGCAGGCCGCCAACACCAUCCGCAGGUUCAUCAAGGGCUUCAUCUACCGCCAUAAUGAGCGCUGUCCUGAGAAUGAGUACUUCCUGGAUUAUGUGCGCUACUCCUUCCUGAUGAAGCUGCGCAGGAACCUCCCCAAGUCAGUCCUGGACAAAAGCUGGCCCACGCCACCGACCGCCCUCAUCGAGGCGUCGGAACAGCUACGUAAACUGUACAUGCAGAACAUGGUGUGGGGCUACUGCAAGAGGAUCAACCCAGAGUGGAAACACCAGUUGGAGCAGAAAAUGGUGGCCAGUGAGAUCUUCAAAAACAAGAAGGACAACUACCCCCAAAGUGUCCCAAAGCUCUUUAUGGGCACAAGAAUCAAUGGAGAGGAGAUUAACCCCAAGGUGUUGCAGUCACUUGGCAGUGAGAAUAUGAAGUAUGCAGUCCCAGUGACCAAGUACGACAGGAAGGGCUACAAGGCACGACCAAGGCAGCUGCUGCUCACCUCCAACUGUGCCGUCAUCGUGGAGGAGGCCAAGCUCAAGCAGCGCAUCGACUACGCCACCCUCAAAGGUAUCUCAGUCAGCUCUCUCAGUGAUGGUGUCUUCGUACUGCACGUGCCCACUGAAGACAAAAACCAGAAGGGAGAUGUGGUGCUUCAGAGUGACCACAUCAUCGAGACCCUGACCAAAGUGGCCAUCUGUGCUGACAAGGUCAACAGCAUCAACAUCAACCAGGGAAGUAUAACUUUCACGGUGGGCCAAGGUAAAGAAGGGAUCAUAGACUUCACUUCUGGCUCCGAGCUGCUGGUUGCCAAGGCGAAGAAUGGCCACCUCUCAGUGACUGCCCCUCGACUGAACUCAAGAUGAUAGACAUGACUGAUCAUCUGACCACGCCAAGGAAGUCCUUCCUAGAAUACGCUCCUAUUCACCAAUCACAACCGCAGACCCUUCUCUGCCUAAGCCAAUCAAAUGCCAGGUCUCGCUACAGGAACGGCAUGUGCUUCCAAUUAAGAAAAAGUCAAGCGAUUUAAUUAAUUGAUAUUUAUGUUUAUAUAUUUUGGGGAUUAAUACUUGUUAUUUGAAAUAUUACGAUUUUAUAUAUGAAGCCAAGGAAUAACAAUGUUUUGGUGCAUUUUUCCUGCACUACUUAUGCUUAAUUUGGGAACAUGAACAAGCAGUCAAUGAGGGUGUAUCGGGUCUCCUUUUGCUUUUUCUUUCCGUCAUUCUUUUUUUCACAAUAUUUUCUCUGUUCAGCAAUGUAGACUUUGCACCCUCUCUAAUACUACUCUUAACUGUUUGGGGGCAGAGGCUUUUGUUAAAGUGGAAAUGCCGUACAUGGCUGAUGGUAUGUAGGCUAGGUUUGUUAUAAGCUAUCGAGGAGCAGGGAGUUUGGUAGAGAAGGUCAUAAGGAAGAGUUAUUUUUUUCAAACUUGUGUCGACUCGGAAACAAUACUCUGAGGUUUUCUAUCUGAAGGGAUAUUAGCAGAAAAGUCAUGUGCGUGUGUGACCUUUGACCCAGAGCAUACUGGCUAGAAUGUAGAGCACAUUUGGUCUGUGCAGUGCCAUAGAUCUCUAAAUCAUUGUUUGAUGUAAAUAUCAUGGAGGAGCCCAAAUGAAAGCGUAAACCAAAGCAUUUUGGUGAGAAGAAAAUUGUUUUUAUAAUUGAUUUAUAAUGGAAACGCCAUAGUGUAUGGUCUUUACAAUGUAUAAUAGAGAUACAGAAAAAGAAGGUGAGAAAGGAAAAAGGCAAGAGAACGAAAAUGAGGGGGGUUGUAAAGAAUAGAAAACCGUUUUGUCUUUGCGUUUAUCUCUUGUUUACCACCCAACAAUUGUGCCUUUCUCCUUUACUAAGUUAUUGUUAAUGGAUUAUUUAUAUGUUGAUACACCAAUUAAACAAUGACACUUUGGGGAUGACCUUGAUUCCACUGUUGUUAGAGCCAGAUGUCUCAGGAUGGCCUGGAAGAAGACGAUUCAGAGAGAAAGAUGCAUGCAUACUGUAUACACACACACACACACGCACACACUUCACUCCAAGUUAGACCUCUGGAGUUGAAGCUUUAUGGAAUCACGCUAUGGUCCACUUGCUUAUCUUUUGUGUCACGUUUCCAGGCUGCUGUUUCCGUACUCUGCGUAAGUCGUCGGACUAUAGUAGUAGUCAGGACAACGUUCACUYCUUCUUUUAACACAUUUACCGUUACUUUCCUGACGACGAUUUUUGUGCUAUCCUUUGUGACGGGGACGAUAGUACAGACGAAUGCACUAAAUAGUGAUGUAGAAUCUAUCCACAGUGUUACGCUACAAUACAGCCUCAUGUUUCUGGCGUAUCGACAACAUACAGCCCAGCCCUCUCAACAUGCUUUUAAUGUUUUGAUUGGCACUUCUGAACACAGGUCUUCAAGAGAGAUGAGGCCCCAUGCACUGCAGUAAAUGCAAUCGAGACUCUUCCUGGUGUUUUAAUACCUACGUCAUAGGAUAUACAUCAUAGCCACGGGUGUUCUUCACAGAAAGCACAUGGGUCAACGGGAACAUCCUCAGGAACACUUAGCAAUCUUUGUAACAAACUAGAGGUGUGUUUGGUAUAACCCACGUGACACUACAGUUCAUAGAUGUGAGUUUUAAUCUACACACCUCUCCCCAGCAGACUUUCUGAGCAAUGUUUCACUCUUCACGUUUCUGUGCUGCUUCUUCCUUGCUUUGCCUCUCGAGCGCCGGCCCCCCAUCCUCCUCCUUCUAUGACCAAGCCUCUGAGCUGUGUACAGCUGGCAACCCAGUGAAAGAACGGUAUGACAGGUGCAAUAUGCCUAAUUAAAGGUGUGCUACUGCACUGACGCUAGCCAAAGACGCAAUAGUAGAUGUAACGUCUGUUAAUUGUCUGUUGUAUGAUUAUAUGUCAAUUAAAGUGUUAUUAUUUUCCUGGUGGAAGAUGUGUGCUUGGUGAGUCUGGUCCCAGAUCGGUCUGUGCUGUCUUGCCAAUGCCAGACAGCGCAAACAGAUCUGGGACCGGGCUAUUGUGUUCUGUGCUCUAAUAAGAGAUUUGAGCCAAGUGAGGAUUUGUAAGUGUAACAUUCAUUUUGACUUGUUCAAAAAUGGUGUGUUGCUAAUGUGCCUUGAGUUUAAUAGAAAUACAACCAAUUUUGUAUGGAAUUCUGUGACAAAUACCUCCUUGACGAUGUCACUCAUUCCAGAGUAAAAACUAUAUAUACCAGAAAAUCGUCCUCCUUUUUAAAAUGUCAUAGAUAAAAUGCUUCUUUUUAAAGACUGUCUCAAACCAAAUCCUAUGUUUAAUCAUUUACAAUACACAAGUUAUCAGUCCUGAGUUUCUGUAUGCACCAUCAUGUAGAAUUAGACCAACACGCUAAAGAUAAAAUGUCAAAAUAAACUUUAAAUUAUA